AUGGCGGAGAUCUCCAAUUUCUAUCAAAUCCUCGGUUUGGUCAACAGACAGGACGACUCGACCAUUACUCCGGAGCAGCUGCGGCAGGCCUACAAGCAAGCGCUGCUACACCACCAUCCGGACAAGCAGGUUGCCAGCCGCACGAAAACUCAUCCACAGGCCCCUACUGUAGACGAGAUAUCAAAGGCAUACACAACUCUAUCAGAUCCGGAUACACGCUCGCAAUAUGAUCGUAAGCUUCGGCUGGACGGCACAUGUGGCAGAGCAGAUGCGGCGACUCGCCACACCGGCAUGGAGACUGUCGAUCUUGAGGAGCUCAAUUUCGAUGAGGUAUCUGGCACAUGGAUCAGAGAGUGUCGGUGCGGGAGCAAGCCGGCAUAUGUCAUCACGGAAGCCGAACUGGAGAAGACUGCUGAUUUUGGGGAGCUGAUCACCGGCUGCAAAGGCUGCAGUCUUUGGCUGAAAGUCCUUUUCACCGUCGAGGAGUGA